AGCCAUCAUCACUGGCGCGAGGCUCACACGGGCGACGUUGUCUUUUACACAAGGGCGUAUUGGUGUAUUAUUCCCCGGCUGUGAAUAUCAACUUCUCGGGCUUCAUUUUAUGAAGAAACGACAGUUGGGCUGAAUAUACCGUUGGUGUUUUCGGGUGAUGAAUUGAGAAGAAAAGCUGAACUCUUUUUGACUAAUUACCCUGCCCAGUGCGGUACAUGUAUGCAGCUGAGAAAGAACAACUAUUUCAGGACGAUGUUAUGGAUAAAUACACGCGACUUUACGCCAAGCUGUGGAUAUGGCAGAGGAUAGUUUGAAUGAACGUUGUCAGACAUACAGCUAAUGCUUUUAUAUCAUAUUCGCAUACAUUUGUUUUUAUCCUGAAUGCGAUUUUAAUUGCUUAUGACAGCAUGCAUCAGGUAUUACAGUGAUGCAACAGCAUUUAUUACAUGUUAACAAGUUGUUCGAGCGCUGUUGGAUCUUAAACUGUUGCAUUGAGGGCUGACAGAAGAAUAGGAUCCCUUUGUCGGCGAUCGUUGGGAAUCUAGGAAGAGGAGGAACGACAAUUUGGGUGUCCUGAAACAAACGACAAUCCAGAUAUACAACCAUGGCAAAUGACUCAAUCCAAAGUGAUCCCGGUGGGUUGUCUGGAUUAGAGCGGCUUGGCUUGGACCACAGCUCUGAUUACUCUGACUCGAGCGUUCAACAGCGGCUGGAUAAAGAGCGUGAGCGAAUCCGUCGGGAAAUCCGCAAGGAGCUGAAGAUUAAAGAGGGUGCAGAGAAUCUCCGCAGAGCCACUACAGAUAAACGAAAUGCUCAGCAGGUGGACAGCCAGUUGCGCUGCUCCAAUCGGCGUCUGGAUUCACUCCACGCUGAAUUACAAGAACUGGACGCUCAUAUUGUCGUCAAAGGGACUGAUGAUACACACGAUGACGCUCCUCAGUCUCCAGGAGCGGAGAGCAGGUCAUCAGCACACAAGGAGAGAAUCGCCGCUCUGGAAAGGCAGUUAAACAUCGAGCUCAAAGUCAAACAGGGGGCAGAAAACAUAAUCCCCAUUUAUACCAACGGUUCCACCAAGGACAAGAAGAUGUUGCAAACAGCUCAGCAGAUGCUACAGGACAGCAAGACAAAGAUUGACAUCAUCCGCAUGCAGAUCCGGAAAGCAGUGCAGGCUUACGAACACAACGAUGAUACACAGGGAAAGCCAGAUCCGUGUGGUAUGGAGCUACGCAUUGAAGUGCUCAGACACCAUUACCGAGUAGAGCACGCUGUCGCUGAGGGAGCCAAAAACGUCCUUAGACUUCUUGGAGCCAGUAAAGUACAGGACAAGAAGGCCAUGUCAGAGGCUCAGUGUCGUCUGAGUGAAUCGUCUCAAAGGUUGGACCUGCUGCGAGAUUCUUUAGAUAGGCGGUUAGCAGAGCUUCCUGAGGAUCAUCCCAAAGCUUCUGUUAUCAAAGAGGAGCUGGUUUUAGCAUCCUCACCAGCCUUCAGCUCUCAACACAGCGCCUCCUACCUCCACAACCAGUACAGCACCCUCUCCAAACCCUCGCCCCUCACUGGUCGGCUCCAGGUGACAUUAUUGGGCUGUAUGGGUGUUCUGGAGGUGGUUCCCGGACGCUCUCGUGGUAGCCAGGUGGUUUUACCGUGUUACAGUCCAGGAGAGGGACGAUCAUUCAUGCGCAGUGGAAAAGGCUUGUAUAGUCGCAGUGGCAGCGUUAGUGGAAAAACACCCAUCAAAACCGACGAACUCUCCUCGGAUGUGAGCGCAGUAUUGAAGCUGGACAACACAGUGGUGUGUCAGACGGCAUGGAAGAUGGUUGGAGAACAGGGCUGGGAUCAGACCUUCAUCAUCGAGCUGGAGAGAUCCAGAGAGAUGGAGAUUGCUGUAUACUGGAGAGACUACCGCUCUCUGUGUGCGCUGAAAUUUCUCAAGCUGGAGGAUUUCUUGGACAACCAGAAACACAAAGUACAGCUAGAGCUAGAACCACAGGGACUGCUGCUGGCAGAGGUUACUUUCUUUAACCCUGUGAUUGAGAGGGUUCCACGGCUAAAACGGCAGAAGAAUGUUUUCUCCAAGCAGCAGGGUAAAGCAUUUUUGCGAGCUCGACAGAUGAACAUUGAUAUUGGCACAUUUGUGAGGUUACUGAGGAACGCCAUACCAACCGUCAACAACACAGGAACCUACAGCCCUAACGCACACACUCUACAGACAGGGGAGAUAUCAGUGGAGAAGUUGAGUUUAGAUUUCGAUUCACCAAUGAAGGUGGACAUCCGGCGGGACGUGACAGAUACAAGCACUCCGGAGCAACAGCCGUCCACUGAGCCUCUCGCUGCUCCAGAUGUCACCACACCAGAACGACAUAUCAGAACACACUCACUGAGCAGUAAACAGAAGAAGACUCCUUUGAGCCUGCAGGAUUUCCGACUAAUUGCGGUUCUUGGCAGAGGUCAUUUUGGAAAGGUGCUGCUGGCAGAAUAUAAGAAGUCAGGCAGUAUGUAUGCCAUUAAAGCUCUAAAGAAAGGAGACAUCGUAGCCAGAGAUGAAGUAGAAAGUUUGAUGUGUGAGAAGCGUAUUUUCGAGGCGGUGAACGGUGCACAACAUCCCUUCCUCGUCAACCUGUUUGCGUGUUUCCAGACUCCAGAACAUGUGUGUUUUGUGAUGGAGUACACAGCAGGCGGCGACCUCAUGAUGCACAUACAUGCAGACGUCUUCACCGAGCCACGGGCUGUGUUUUAUUCUGCUUGUGUAGUUUUAGGGCUUCAGUUUUUACAUGACAACAAGAUUGUGUACCGAGAUCUUAAAUUAGACAACUUGCUGCUUGACACAGAGGGUUAUGUGAAGAUUGCUGACUUUGGAUUGUGUAAAGAAGGUAUGGGUUUUGGGGACCGGACCAGUACAUUCUGCGGGACUCCAGAGUUUCUGGCUCCAGAGGUUUUGACAGACACAUCGUACACCCGUGCUGUGGACUGGUGGGGUCUCGGAGUGCUCAUAUAUGAGAUGUUGGUGGGAGAGUCCCCAUUCCCAGGUGAUGACGAAGAGGAGGUUUUUGACAGUAUAGUGAAUGAUGAAGUUCGAUACCCCCGGUUCCUGUCCGCAGAGGCCAUUGGCAUCAUGAGGAGGUUACUAAGGAGAAAUCCAGAAAGGCGACUGGGCUCCAGUGAGAAAGACGCAGAAGAUGUAAAGAAACAGCCUUUCUUCAGGAAUAUGGACUGGGAGGCUCUUCUCCUCCGCAAACUCCCUCCCCCUUUCCUUCCAUCCAUCGGAGGAAAAGAAGACGUCAGCAACUUCGAUGAGGAGUUCACGACAGAAGCGCCGACUCUCACUCCUCCCCGUGAGCCUCGAGUGCUUUCGCGCAAAGAUCAGGACAGUUUUCGGGACUUCGACUACGUGUCUGACCUCUGCUGAGAGCGGCUUCACUGUGAUCGUGCUUAAAGAGACAUUUCUGCUUUGUGAUCAGGAGAACAAGUGUGGCCAAUUUGAGUCUGUGAAUUGUGAAUGUGCUGGACCUGCGAAACACUGUGAUGGAGGAAAAGGUCUGGAAUACAGUUAGAAAUGGAUUAAAGAUGGAAAUCUUGUUUGUUGAUGACAGAUUUAAAGGUGCACUUGAUAAAUCACAGUGACGUCUUCUGUGAAGCAUCACACUGACGAUUACAAUUAGCCGACUGUAUUGACCUUAUUCUUCAGUGUGAUUGUUUUAGAACCGGGGUGCCCAAACUAGGUCCUGGAGGUCCAGUGUCCAGCAAAUUUUUGCUCCAACUUGCCUCAACACACCUGCACGAAUGUUUCUAGAAAACCUAGUAAAAGCUUGAUUAGAUAACCCAGGUGUGUCUGAUUGGGGUUGGAACUAAACUUUGCAGGACGCUGGCCCUCCAGGACUUUGGGUACCCCUGUUUUAGAACUUCUGAUUGAGUUACGUAUGGCAGAAAUGACUAGGAAUAAUAAACAACAGAAACGGUCAAACUACUUGCUCUACAAUCAAGUGUGUUCAUGAUUGUACAUAAAAAGUAGAACAAUACAAUAAGAAAAUAUCAGUUUGCAACAUCAAGCAGCAGAACAAGCUGUUUUUAACAUCUAAAAAUCAAUAAAAGUGAAUGAAACUGGAAGUUUCGAGACAAAUAGAUUCCUGCUCAUACGUAAAGAAUAAGGUCAAUAUGGGUUGUAUCUGAAAUUGCCCCCUAUACCCUUAAAUAGUGUACUCUUUGCAUCCGAAAACCACAUACUUCCAUACUAUAUAGUACGCUAAAAAUGGUAUGGGAGCCGAGUAGUAUGUCCGAAUUCAUAGAAUUGACCUACUAUUUCCCGCGAGAUUCUCAAGUGCACAUCGGAUGGAUGCUACGCUAUCCCAUAAUGCUUUGCAAGAGAAUUCAGGAAUGAGAGUAAAGCGACACAACUCACGCAGGUAGGUCACAUGAUAGUACCUCCAUUCAUACUGUCUCAAACUUUGAAUACACUUACGACCCGCACUCCUCAUCCCUCUGGCCCGAAAUAAGAUUUGUCACCUCCCCCUACCCCCCAGCCUUCAGUUAACGAUCACCUCUUCUACCUUCGUUUUUUAAAGUCUCUUAAAGUUUUUAACGUAUAUUUUUUUAAAGUUAAGUUUCUGUACGGUACUGUUACAACAACCCUCAUAUCGUUUGUCAGUCACUGAAAUAGACGUACUUUUCUAUUGGCCGAGUAGUACAUUUCAAUUCAGUUGCAGUUCCUACUGAGUAAUAGGCGAUUUUGGAGCUGCCACAGACUAGAGAAUACCCAAAAUGCACUUUGAGUUUCCGGACCAAAUAAAUUUUUGUGUCUGACCACAAGAUGGCAUCAUUCCUAUGUCCACUCCUUUUAUUUUCGCUCUUUAAGUGGACUAUAUUAGUGACUAAUGUAGGGUAUAGCGUAUGGGGGUAUAUAGGGGGUGUUUUUGAAUACAGACAAAGGCUGCGUUCGAAAUCGCCUACUACUAAGUAGGUACUGCAUUUAAAUUUAAACGUACUACUUGGCUGUUAGAAAAGUACCGUUCUAUACAGUAUGUCAGUAGUAUGAAUAGAACCCGGAAGUACUACAGCCACCAUUUUGUAAUCAUCACAUGACCUACUUCAUGUCAGUUGCGUCACUUCACUCCCAUUCAUGAAUUCCCUCACGGUGCAUCAUGGGAUAGUGUAGGUUCCAUCCAUUGCGCACUUCAGAAUCUCGCCGGAAGUAGUUGGUCAUCCGGGUACUUCUCGCAUACUGUUUCUGAAUUACCGAAUUCUGUGAAUUUGGACAUACUACUCAGCUCGCAUACUGCUUUAAGCUAACUAUAUAGUAUGGAAGUAUGCGAUUUCGAACGCAGUUAUGGAUUAUUUUUAAUUGGCCAGGCUUUUAAUUUAUGCUUGUCAUGUGAUCUCAAAUUGGUGACCCUCUUCAGUCGACCUUUUAUCCUGUAGAUUUAAAUAGAUUUUAUUAGAACAGCAAACAUUGAACAUUACAAUAUGGUUUCUGUUUGGUUGCCAUUUGAGUAUUUUUGGGAACCUAAAAAAAACAGGAGGCGUUUUAGGGAGGCAACUUAAAAAACAACGUUCCGGGAAUGUUUUAUUUACACUUUUAAGAAAACUUUCCUGGCUAACCAACAGAGAACGUUCUGGGAAUCAAAAAUGGUAUGACUUAUAUGAGUGCUCAUAAUAUACUUUAAAAAAUAUAAGAAAAAAACGAUCAAGUGCACCGUUAAAUCUGCUAAAAUCGAUGGCUUGUCUUAAAGUGUCAUAUCCGCUUUUGAAUAAUGCGUCUUGUCUUAUGAAAGACAUUGUGAAGAUCUUUUAUAAAACUAGAAGCAAGUCAAUAAAGGUCACACAGAAGCAUCUCAUGGAACUUUUAUAUGUAAAUGCUACGAGCAUGUUGGGAAGUGUAUUUCUGGUUACUCUUUCUCCAUUCUUCUUAUAACUAUUCUAACAGGAUGAUACUGUUCAAAUAACAUUAUCCAGACCCGAUGUGGACCACAAACCUAAAGGAACUUGUUUAAGGGACUGUCCUGCAGACACUGUGACUUUAAAUGUAAAACUGAGUUAGACUGAGAGCAGAAUUAUAGGCUGGUUUACAGUAAGCUUGAUGAAUGUGUCCCUGCUCUUAAUGGAGUUUAAGCCUCUUUAGACUUGUUCAGUUGGGGUUAUUUUAUAUCUAAGUACAUCAUGCGCUUCAUCUGUUACUUGUGGAAGUCAAGCAUAUUGAAAUACAGAAGAGCAGACGUGUUUGAAGACAGCGUGGUCUCCAUUUCAUUAAGUGCACUUUUUAGUAUGGUUAUCUUUAAGAAUUUUUUACAAAGACAAGUGAAGCUCUCAUAUAAAACAUAGUUUGAAGAAAAUGCCUCAAAAUAAUGUUCUUGUCUGCCCUGCUUUUUGUUCAUCUUUUCAUGUUCAACUUCGAACUUUAAGCCAAACAUUAGAAGAUGUAGAAUGUAACGUGCAUCAAAUGACAGAAAUGAGAAGUGUGAAUUAAUUCUGCCGUUAUUUCAUUGUUGCAGUAAAUGACGAUUAUUGUUUUAUACUUUUGUAGUCUGUUAAUACACUUUUUUUCAUAUUCUCUAGCUUUAUCUCAAUACUGCACAUGUGAGAGCAUCACAAUUUUCCCUCAAACAUCGUUUUCUGUCAUUUAGUUUACAAUUAUGUCAACUGCAUAUGCUCGUGAAGACAUUGUGAAUGACAAGAUGGCCUAAUUUGGAUUAGGGAGCUCAAAUAUUUGAUGUUUUGAAUGUUUUAUUAUACUGGAAGGAAGGAAUAAUCAUAAAAUCUGUUGUGGUUUUCAUUUUUAACUUUAGAUGAUUUUAUAAAACUAAGCAAAAGGAUACAGUGCAUCCGGAAAGUGUUAAUAGCACUUCACCUUUUUUAUGUUACAGCCUUAUUCCAAAAUGGAUUAAAUUCAUUUAUUUCCUCACAAUUCUACACACAAUACCCCAUAAUGACAAUGUGAAAAAAAGAUUUUUUGAAAUUGUUGGAAAUUUAUUAAGAAAUAAAAACCUGAAAAAUCACAUGUACUGAAGUAUUGACAGCCUUUGCUCAAUACUUUGUUGAUGCACCUUUGGAAGCAAUCACAGCCUCAAGUCGUUUUGAAAAUGAUGUCACAAGCUUUGGGAAUUUUUGCCCAUUGGUCUUUGCAGUACCUCUCAAGCUCUAUCUCAGGAUGGAUGGGAAGCGACGAUGUACAGACAUUUUCAGAUCUCUCCAGAGAUCUGGGCUCUGGCUGGGCCACUCAAGGACAUUCAUCAAGUUGUUGUGAAGCCACUCCAUUGAUAUUUUGGUGGUGUGCUUUGGGUCAUUGUCCUGCUAGAAGAUGAACUGUGGCCCCAGUCUGAGGCCAAGAUCAUACAGGGCUGAUUGGUGGAUUGCUGCACAGAUGGUUGUGCUUCUGUAAGGUUCUUCUCUCUCCACAGAAAAAUGCUGGAGUUCAGACAGAGUGACCAUCAGGUUAUUGAUCACCUCCCUGAUUAAAGCCCUUCUCCCCUGAUCACUCAGCUUAGAUAGCCGGCCAGCUCUAGGAAGAGUCCUGGUAGUUCCAAACAUCUUUCACUUAUGGCUGAUGGAGGCCACUGUGCUCAUUGGAACUUUUAGAGUAGCAGAAAAUUUUCUGCAACCUUCCCCAGCCUUGUGCCUCAAGACAAUCCUGUCUCUGAGGUCUACAGACAAUUCCUUUGUCUUCAUGCUUGGUUUGUGCUUUGACAUGCACUUUCAACCCUGGGACCUUAAUUGACAGGUGUAUGCCUUUACAAAUCAUUUCUAAUCAACUGAAUUUACCACAGGUGAACUCCAGUUAAGCUGCUGAAACAUCUCAAGAAUGAUCAGUGGAAACAGAAUGUACCUGAGCUCAAUUUAGAGCUUCACAGCAAAGGCUGUCAAUACUUCUGUACAUGUGAUUUUUCAGCUUUUUUAUUUUUACUGAAUACUUUGCGGAUGUACUGUAUAAACCCAGCAGGCACAUGACGUCAGAUUGACGUUGUGCCCCAAAGUUGUGGGACGUCGCAUUUUGUAUGGAAAUGUAAAUCGGAUUGAUGUCAGGCCAACAUCAAUGUCCAAUGUCAGACAGAUAUUGUAUUUUGGUUACUUUCCAACGCAACCUAAAAACAACAAAGUAUCAACAUCUAAUGAUGUUACAGCUUGACGUUGUGCGGACGUUUCCAAUAUGAAAUCUAUCAGAUGUUGGAUUUUAGUUGAAUAAAUGUCAGUAUUUAGUACGUCAAUAUGAUGUUGGUUUAAGAUGUUGGCUCGACGUUGGAUUAUGGUCCUUUUUACAACACAACCUAAAAUCAACGUCAUUUCACGUUGUUAUUGGACGUCAAACUAACAUUGCCCUUAGACACUGUUGACCUAAAUCUAACCUAAUAUUAAUGGCGUUGUGGAAACCACUUGUUUAAAGACUUCAUGCCUCAAAAAGCUGAUACUUUGUCUCUAUUUUAUACGUUGUAAAAUCAUCUGAAAUAAUAUUCCAGUUAAAUAGAAGAUGCUAUAUGUUGUUUUUGUUUUUAACAAUAAGAACGAACAAUGACUAGUGACUGUUAAACUAAGGGUUAGCUCUGCUUUCACAACUUUUAUUACCUCAGAACUAUUUGAUGCCUUUGAUACAUCGUUUUGUGCUGUUUUUAUUAGAGUCUGUGAGUGACACAUCAUAAAGCAUCUGAAUGCAGUACAUACACAACAAACACAAAAAAAACGGAUGAAGCCAAAACACAACUCAUACACACACUGUGAAACGAAAUGUAGCAAAACUGCAGCUCCCUUCACAUUUUACAUGCAUAACAUAUCUGAGGUUCAAAAGCGUGUUAAUUCUAAAACAGUAUGAAAAGGAAAACUACUGUCUGACUGCACACUAUAAUGCAUGUCCUGUUCGAUUAUUUAUACAAUAUAUCAAACCUAAUAUGUAUUCAUAAAGCUGUUGUUGAGAUUA